AUAACUGAAAAUGUGGAGUAGCAUAGUGGUAUAAGAUCGCGUCCGUGCUCUUUUGGGAGGUAAACGCAUAGUUUAUCAUCAUGCGGCGAAUGGACGGUUCAGGGCUGGAAGGGGUUCGCUUGCCGCUCCUGUUGAUUGUUUACACCUAUCUCUGCUCUCUCGGAGAUUGCCUUUUCGUGACUGAUUAUUUCACCCGCACGCCUCGCAAACUGAACGCCUUCCGGUCGUUCGCCAGCGUGGAGCUGUUCCACUUCAACGUGCCUGACGACACCGUGGUAGCCGUCUGGAACCUCAUCACGUUCAAGGAGCAGGGGGGCACGUUCGGAGACGGCUGCCCCGACCGCAACGUGACCGUCUAUUUCAGGUCUGGAGCCCCUCCUGUGAUCAACCCCCUCCACACCCGCUUCCCCCGGGACACCAUCGUACCUGGGUCAUUUGCAGUCACCCUGACGUGGACUCUGCCCAACCGGACGACUGGAGUAUUCAACGUCACAAGUCCCCUUCCUGGAGACUGGUUCCUGGCUGCGCACCUGCCAAAGGAUGAGGGGAAGAUUUCCGUCAAGGGUCUCUCUGAGGAAUGCCAGUACCUCUUCCAGCCCCAGCUCAUCGUCCAGAGGCUGAUUGGAAUUUCAGUGCUGUAUCCUGGAUACUUCAUCGAUCAGAUGAUCCCCGUCCACAACAGAUCGGUACUUUACAAAGUGUUCAUUCCAAGCUACAUCUCCAAGGUGAAAGUUCAACUGGUGGACUGCAGCACGAGGAACAGGAGCACAGAGACCUGCCCAGUACUGCUGAAGAUCAGGGCACGCGCUCCCCCCCUGCACAACUCCACCUCCCUGGACUGCAAGGGGUUGAGCCCCUGCGAACUGCAGACCCCCCUGCCCUCAUGGGAGCAGUGGUACUACAUCCUGGUGGAGAGGUACCUGGGCAACGUCGAUGUCUACUUCCGCAUUGGGGUCCAGGUCAAAGAUUGCUCCAAGCCCAGCGUUGCGAAGGGAUCCUCGGCCGGAUCAGCCCUGAACAUGCCGCAGUCGUUUGGCUCCGCCAUGGGCUUCUCUCUGAUGGACACUCUGCCGGCGGCGGGCCUUCCCAGCCUGUCCCAGAACAGCUCGGAGCGGGGCCCUGCCCUUGCGUCCGAGGACACCGUCACUUACCUGGCACCCACCUCCGACACCAACAAGUGCUGGCCCAUCCGCCCCACCCUGCGGAACGAGUUGGACACCUUCUCUGUCCACUUCUACAUCUUCUUUGGCCCCAACAUUUCCAUCCCCCCUGAUAGGGCCGCCGUGUUCGCCAUCAACCUGAUGCCCGUGCUCGACAGCGGGGGCGUGCUCAACAUGGAGCUCAAGCUCAACACAACUUCUGUGAAAGGAGAGAAUAUCACUGUGUUUGGCUGUUUGAACCACGGAAUGCCACUGUCCUUGUCUGACAACUCCACAGUCAAAUGUGAAUCCGAGUCCAUUGCAGGGUUUCUGCUGUCUGUCAAUGCCACCUCCAAUGUUACAAAGCUGAGGAUCCCAUACCCGCAGACCGGCACUUGGUACCUGAGCCUGCGGUCCCUCUGUGCCACUGAGCAUGGGUUUGAGGUGUGCAGCAACGUCACAGCGGAGGUGUACCUGCGCUCCUACCUCACGCCCUGCAUCAACGACUGCGGGACGUACGGCCAGUGCAAACUCCUCCGCACCAACAACUACCUGUAUGCGGCAUGCGAGUGCAAAGCAGGCUGGGAUGGCUGGGGCUGCACUGAUAACUCGGAGGCCUACUCCUACGGCUUCCAGCUGCUCUCCACCCUGCUGCUGUGCCUCAGCAACCUGAUGUUCGUGCCCCCCGUGGCCAUCGCUGUCCGCAGCCACUACCUCCUGGAGGCGUCCGUCUACAUCUUCACCAUGUUCUUCUCCACCUUCUACCAUGCCUGUGACCAGCCGGGGAUUGUGGUCUUCUGCAUCAUGGAGUACGAUGUCCUGCAGUUCUGUGACUUCCUGGGGUCCCUCAUGUCAGUGUGGGUCACCGUCAUCGCCAUGGCCAGGCUCAAGUCCAUCAUUAAACAGGUGCUGUACCUGCUGGGAGCGAUGUCGCUGUCCAUGGCUCUGCAGCUGGACCGGCACGGGCUGUGGAACCUGCUGGGGCCCAGCCUGUUUGCCUUGGGCAUCAUGGCCAUCGCUUGGACUGUGCGUACUAUCCGGAGGCGUCGCUGCUACCCCCCGACCUGGAAGCGCUGGGUCUUCUUCCUCUUCCCGGGGACCAUGAUCGCCACCUCGGCCGUGGCCCUCUACGCCUUCGUGGAGACGGAGGAGAACUACUUCUACAUCCACAGCAUCUGGCACAUGCUGAUCGCCGGCAGCGUGGGAUUCCUGCUGCCGCCACGCGCCAAGCCAGACGACAAGGUCACGCCCAUGAAGCGGAGGAGGGGGUGUGGCUACCAGCUGUGUGUUAACGAGCACGAGGAGAUGGGCCUGGUGGACCCAGCCAUCAUCUCCAUCAACAGCAUCUGUACAAGUUGA